CCAUGUGGUUUCAGGCUCUCAAGUCUCAACAACCACAGGGAAGAAAAGGGAAAAGCUGAGAAAAUUGAACAUGGUUGGUGUGCAAAGAAUAUUAAAAGAAAAAACAUUGAAAACCACAAUAUUAGUGGGUUUUAAUUGAUGGGCAAUGUCUUUGUUUGAGGGAGUUAAGAAAGACCUGCAGUUUUCCCAUCAAGACAGCAUGGGCUUUCAAGGCUGGCUCAACAAUGAAACUAGAGAAAAUAGCAGGUCUUGUAAAUUCUGCUCAGAACCUGCUGGUUACAGUGAUUUUGCAGAGGCCCCAUUUGAGGAGAGGAAGAGGUUGGUUGACAUUAGAAACUCAGUGAAGGAAGUUGAUAACAUGUUCGUGAUUUUACAGAGAAUGGGUUCUUGGCAGCAGAUGGAUAGGCAUGCAGCCUUCACCAAGUUGGAAGAAAGCAGAGUAAAUCUAUCAGCAAAGGUGGCAGAACAUAAAGGAAGGGCACUUGAUGUGGUGACAGAAUUGAAAGCAUGUUUUGGCAAUGAAAACAAUGUCCCUUUCAAUUGGGAUUUUAAAGAGAGAUUGAAAGAAAAAUCUGAACCUGCUGCUCACAGCAGAAGGUUUCUCACUGAUUGCAUUAGAAAGUUGUUCAUCUCAAGGAAGUGGCAGAGAGUUGGUUUUGCUGUGAAACUAGUCAUGGUGUCCGCUAGCAUUUUCUCUCUAAUGGCAGCUUAUCAUACCAGGCAAUUACUAUACAACAGCUCCAGAAAAAGGAUCCCAUUUGUGGUUUCCAAAGAAGCAGGAAAAAUUGCCAGUCUAUUAACCAUCUCAAAGAGCCCUCUUGAUGUCUUUUGUGGCAGGGGAUGAUUCUUGCUUUGAUUUCACUCAUUCUCAUAAUUUGUUGUUGUGAAAAGUUUCCGGAUUGUAUCUCUUUGUCUUGUCUCUAUAAAUUUAUUUAUUUAUUUUUUCAUGUAGCAUGUGUUAUCCACUUGUAAGAGUAGAAUAGGUAGUUAUCAUUUGUAUGAUACUGAGCGAGGAGAAAAGAAGAGCAAAUGAUACAUUGACACAUCAGCGGGUGUCACUAAAUGUGUCAAUGUUGUGUGUUCAAAUAUCAUUACUCAUAAUUUAGACUAUAACUUGUAUUUUUUUAAUAUAUAAAAAAUUUAACUUAAUCAAACUAUUGGGCUCAGUUUCAGACCAAUUAAAAUAAGUCCCAAUUUGCAGUGAGCUUCUACAUGAAGCCCAUUGAAGCCAAGUGGGAGUUUUUCCAACUUGGACUUUGCGCAACCAGAAAAUUCUACGAUAGUGGUCCACAACCACAAUCCACAAUCCACAUCCACAAUUAAGAGGAGAAGACCAUCAGCCCCAAUUGUUUGGCGCCCUGAGCUCCACGCCAAUUUCGCCACGAAUCAUAACAGCAUCCCCACACACAAGCAAUACUCGCGUCUUCCCCACGAAAAAUUGAAAAUUCAGAAACUUUGAAUAUUGAAUAAUACACCCGUCGAAAACACAGAGAGACAGACACGAAU